AGCAAUGUGACUUUUGUGACUGAAUUUCUGCUUGUGGGAUUCCCUUGUGAUCAGGUGCUACAGAAACUCUACGCCUCUGUGUUCUUUCUGGUUUACCUGGCUGCUCUGAUGGGGAACCUGCUCAUUGUCAUCCUCACCUCCAUUGACCAGCGGCUCUGGACCCCCAUGUACUUCAUCCUGAAGAACUUGUCUUUGAUUGAUAUCUGCUUCAUCUCCACCACUGUCCCCAAAUGCAUCACGAACACCUUGACCAACAGUCUCUCCAUCUCCUUUGCGGGCUGUGCCUCUCAGGUUUUCCUGGUCCUCUUUUCUGCAGGCACAGAGUAUGCUCUCCUGCUAGUGAUGUCCUAUGACCGUUAUGCUGUCAUCUGCCAUCCUCUUCACUAUGAGGCCAUCAUGAACAGAGGGGCCUAUGUGCAGAUGGUGUCAGUGCUGUGGCUCAGUGGCUGUGCCUAUGGAUCCCACGUGGCAGGGACAUUCUCUGCCCAUUUCUGUGGCCCCAAUAUAGUGCUUCAGUUCUUCUGUGAUGUUCCCUCCAUGCGCACACUUGUUUGUUUCGGGGAUGAAAUUCUGGAAUAUGCAUUUAUUGUAGCUAGCUGUUGUUUUGUUUUUGUUUGCUUCAUUUUCAUGGUUAUGUCCUAUGUUCAUAUUCUCUCCACAGUUCUGAAAAUGCUUUCUGAUCAAGGCACAUAUAAGUCCUUCUCCACCUGUGUGGCUCACCUCACUGUGGUGAGCUUGUUCCUGUUCUCUGAAGCAUUUGCAUUUUUGGGUUCAGCUUCUAAUUUUCCACCAUCACUGAAUCUCUUUAUGUCUGUGAUGUAUUCUGUGUUACCUCCCAGCCUGAAUCCCCUCAUUUAUAGUUUGAGAAACAGGGACAUGAAGAUCGCCUUUGGCAAAAUUUUUGGACGAAGUAUGAGAACAGCAGUCUCUGCUGGGGACCUGCUCAUUGUCACUCUCACCUCCCUUGACCAGCAGCCCCAUUCCCCCAUGUACUUCUUCCUGAAGAUCUUGUCUUUGAUUGGCAUCUGCUACAUUUCCACCACUGUCUCCACGUGCAUCAUGAACACCCUGACCAACAGCCACUCCAGCUCCUUUGUGGGCUGUGCCUCUCAGGUUUUCCCGGUCCUCUUUUUGGCAGGCACAGAUUCAGCUGCCUAUUCUCCAUCAUCACUGAAUCUCUUUAUGUCUGUGAUGUAUUCUGUGUUACCUCCCAACCUGAAUCCUGUCAUUUAUAGUCUGAGAAACAGGGACAUGAAGACGGCACUUUGCAGUUUUUGGACAGAAAAUGACAGCUGCAAUGUGAAUUUUACAAAUAUUUAUGAUGAAUGUCUAUUGUGUAGCAAAUAA